UUGUCAGAAGGCACGCCAAAAACAAGUGAGGGAUUUUCUUAUUCACUGCUGAUCGUUUUCAGGCUUUUACUCGUUGGCGUCGUUGGCGCCAUUGUCGCACUGAUGUCAGUCGUAUUCAACAUGUUCCUUUUCUGUGUUCUGGCACGGAAUAAGCGGCACCGGUCAUCCAGCCUGAUCUACUUGACGUUCCUUGCUUUCUCGGAUACAUUUUUGUCAGCAGCUUAUAUUCUUCUGUUUCCCGUCAACCUCUACAUGGACUACUUCGCUUCUGAUUUACUGGCUAUGGCGUGGUGGUCAUACAUGCGAAUUAUCAUCACGAUAUCACACGUGUUCAUAUCGGCAUCGGCGUUUCUGAUUGUCGCUGCCGCUUUUGAGAGGUACAUCACCAUCUCGAAAAUCCGCAAUCAGUUUGCUCGACAUCAUCGCCUAGCCAUUUGUUUCAUGGCGGUUGUAUUCGCAAUGAUCGCCAAACUACCUAUGUACUUUGAAGUGCAGGUUGUUCCAAACGGGAACUGUACAGGAGUUACGUCUUUGACAGCCACUGUAAGUGAAUUCAGCGAGACAGAACCAUACAAAACUGCUUACAAGUUCUGGUUCCGAAGCAUCAUAACGAUAGUUCUACCGUUCAUACUGUGCUUCUACCUGAAUAUCGGCAUCAUUCGCCUUCUUCGAGCACAACACCAAGGUGCGAAGCUGUUUCGCUUCGCCACUUCAGAACAUCGGAAGAACAUUCGGUCGGCAACACUGAUGCUGGUGUUUGUGACGUGCACCUACCUUGCAUCGAACAUGCUCAACGUAAUCGUUUACACCUGGGAGUUGAUAGACAAACCUUCGCUCAUGUCAGAGCAGUUGCGACCGUUCUACACUCUGUCGUCUGAUUUAGUAUCUCUACUGACAGUGUUAGCCAGUGCUUGCCGCCUUCCUAUCUACAUUGCAUGCAAUGCACGAAUUCGAUGUGAAGUACUCGACGCUCUCAACAAUUGCGUUCUCUUCAGGAGCAGCAAUAGUAACAAGCCAAUUUCACCAAAAAAUAAACGAUCACGUACGACUACAGUGCGAUAUUGCGAAACGGGAUGCGGGUUCAUGAUUUAUGAGGUGAUCUUUUUCUUAAUUAAACCAAGUAAAUCAGGAGAGACGAGAGGCCGCAGCAUCGGCACUGGUUUGGAUCGAAUAGUCCUCUCAGUGGCUAUGGGAGACAUGAACUCAAGGUUGUUACUUGAUACGUGCCCUUUGUGA